AUGUCACUUUUUAGUAUUAGUUAUUCUCGAGUUGGAUCCUUAUAUAUGUAUAUUAGUAUAUAAUAUUUGGGUUGAAUAAAAAGAUUUAUCAACGUUAAGAAAAAAAAUGGCAAAAUUUAACAAUCCUUUUAAUAUCAAAUAUAUAGACACCAAUUAAAAGUAGUUAUUCUUGGCUCCUAUACAACUUUUAUGGAAUGCCAAUCAUUUAAAUUCAAGAAUUUAUAUAAAUGCUUAUAAAAUGUGCAAAACUCAAAAUGCACACAAAUUUAUAAUAAAUAAAUAAAAGAGAGGGUGAGAUUUGCAUGAAAAAAUUAUAAAAAAGGAGGCUGCAUACCAAAGAUGAAACCACCUUUGGUAUUCCUCCUUACCCUCUUAGGCAUUGUUACUUCAUCUUUGGGGGAGAAUGUGGUAGUCAAUACUACUUCUGUAAGUGACAAACUUCAAGUAGGUUUCUACAAAUUAAGUUGCCCAAAUGCAGAAAAAAUAGUUGAAGAUGUCAUAAACAAGAGUUCAAAACAAAAUCAGGGUAUCAUUCCCGGUAUCAUCCGUCUUCAUUUUCAUGAUUGUUAUGUUACGGGUUGUGAUGCUUCAAUUCUAUUAACCCCAGAAAGAUAUAACAGUCUCAACGCAGAAAUGGCUCACCCAGCAAACAGCAUAUCUUUAAGAGGAAUGGACGCUUUAGAAGCUGCAAAGGCGGACAUUGAAAAACAAUGUCCUGGGAUUGUCUCAUGUGCAGAUAUUCUUGCAUUUGCCGCUAGGGAUGUGGUCGUCUUGGCAGGAAACCCAAGAUAUGAAGUACCUGCAGGACGACGUGACUCCUUCUCCACUGAUGGCUCCUUUGCAAACGAUCUUCCUAAGGGAAACCACUCAGUUGAUCAUUUGAUAAAGACAUUUGCAGAGCGAGGGCUAACAACAGAAGAUUUGAUCGUGCUCGAGGGAUCCCACUCGAUUGGCCAAACCAGAUGUCUAAACACGAUAGCUGACAAUAGUUCCAUGGUUGGGGAUGAAAUGCUUGGUGCAAAGACGUUGGUCGAUAGACCAUUUCAACAGAUGGUGAAACAGAAAUUCUGUCCUGAAUCUCAGGAAGAAUUAUUUUGGAAUAUGACAUCACCUUUAGUUCCUGCAAACCCUAAUACCUCUAAUUGGGGAAUCUCAUACUAUGAUGACAUUAUGAAAGGCAAGAGUUUGAUUCCCAGCGAUAUUGCUUUAGCAGUUGAUCCUAGUACCAAAGAGCUGGUGGCACAUUUUGCUUCUGACAGUGCAGACUGGCAGAAAAAGUUUAAUGAAGCUAUGAUUAAAUUGGGCAAGAUUAAUAUUCUUACUGAUAAACAAGGCGAAAUUAGAAAGACUUGUCGAUGGGUUAAUGCAGUUAAUACCGCUUGA